AGGUGGGGAUCGGGAGGACUGCAGCACCUCGGAGAACCUCACCCCCCCAAACCCCCGUGUGCAUGAUGGGAAAUGGGCUGCGGGAGGCGACUUUGCCGUGGAGGUGCGGGAGCGAGGGGGAAGCUGCGCGCCUGGCUUCAGGCCCCGCGGCUCUCGGUGGGCAGAGGCCGGAGGCCCUGGGUUUGUGUCUUGCCCGGGACAGCUCUUAGCUGGUGACUUUGGGCCAGUCGCCCCCUCGCGGAGCCUCCUUCCCCUCUGCUUGCUCUGAAGAUGCCACCUAGGAAAGGCUCGAUGGAGCUGGUGGGGACCGUGGCCUGUGUGAAAGGGAAGGGCAUCACUGAAAACCUUCGGAAACCGAGACCCGGAAAUGACGAUCUUCCCCAAGGCCGCCUACUCUGGGUCACACAGAUUUGUCCAACACCCACGCCUGGGCCCUGACCCAUUUAUCAGCAGGGACUGAGCUAUGGGUUCAACCCACCUCCGCUAAAAGCGUGAAGGACACAUACUGGCCAGGACCAGAAGGACCGAAUAGGUGGGCAGCACGUCUGAAGGCCAGAGCCUGUGACCUCUGCCUCUCCCCGAGCCGGGGCCAGUGACCAUCCUCGGCAGCCGACAUCACAAGGAACGUGGGGGCUGGGGAGUGCUCAGGGAGCCGUCCCCGGAGACAUGGAGCUUUGGGGUGGAGUGCUGCGGGCCCUCCUGUCUGGCCCCGGGAGGAGGGGAGGCACUCUGGGCCGGGCCUUCAGUUCCCGGCGACCCCGUCUGCCUCAGGCUGGGUGGAGUGCCACAGAGCUGGUCAGCCAGUGGGCGGCGGUCUUUGAGAAGAGGGGCGUCCCGGAGCCCCGGGAGUCCAGUGAGUACAUCGUGGCUCAUGUCCUUGGAGCCAAAACAUUUCAGAGCCUGAGGCCAGCACUUCGGUCGAAGCCCCUGACCCCUUGGCAACUUCGGUGCAUCCAGGAGCUGAGCAGCCGCCGACUGCAGAGGAUGCCUGUGCAGUACAUCCUUGGCGAGUGGGACUUUCACGGGCUCAGUCUGAAGAUGGCACCCCCAGUGUUCAUCCCUCGGCCUGAGACAGAGGAGCUGGUUGAGUGGGUGCUGGAGGAGGUGGCCCAGAAUCCCUGUGCGGUGGGAGCCCAAGGCGGCCCCCUCAUCCUGGAGGUGGGCUGUGGGUCGGGAGCCAUCUCCCUCAGCCUGCUGAGCCAGCUGCCCCAGAGCCGAGUCAUCGCUGUGGAUAAGGCAGGAGCCGCCAUCUCCCUGGCCCGUGAGAACGCUCAGAGGCUUCAGCUGCAGGACAGGAUUCGGAUCGCCCCCCUCGAUGUGACCUUAGAGGACAGCUGUGCACACCUUCUGUCCUGGGGCCCCGUGGACCUGCUCGUCAGCAACCCUCCCUACGUCUUCCGCCAGGACAUGGAGCAGCUGGCCCCUGAGAUCCGCAGAAGCCUCUUCCUAGAAGUGGACCCCAGACACCCCGAGCUGGUCGGCAGCUGGCUUCAGAGCCAGCCGGGCCUGUCCCUCGAGCUUGUGGCUGUGCGCAGGGACUUCUGUGGGAGGCCCCGGUUCCUGCAUAUCCGGAGGUCUGGGCCGCAGGGUGCCUGCCCUGUGGACGCCUGGCCAGUGCCCCAGCCUGCCGGAGCGCCCGGAUGACACGUCCUCCAGGACUGCUCCCUGGAGAGGGUCGCCUUCCAACGCCGGUGCUGGCGCAUUCCCGCGGCUCUGGGCGCCCUGCUCUCCGUUUCAGGAGGCUUGGGCAAAAGGAAGGGUAGGGGUGCCUUCCUUCACAGGCAGCAGAGAGCAAGGGCACCCCCAGUCCGGCUCCGGAGCUGAGGGACCCAGGUGCCCAGGCUGGCUCGGUCCCACCGGCAAGGCCAGAGCAGCGGCUUAGCGUCUCUGGGGGAACAGCUGGGGAGCGGGGAGAGCUGGCCAAUAAAGUGUCACGG